AUGGAUGCUUUCAAAUUGUUGACCCGGUCAACAAGAUUCAGCAAGUCGGCGACUGCGCCGGCUGCAGAGUCGACUGCUCGUCUGCCCUCGACGGGCAAGGCGGCGAAUCCGCAGCUCUUCCGAACCGCCGCGGGCGAGAAGCUCGAGUCGGAGAAGAACAAGAAGAAGAGAAAGAGAGGCGCUGCUGCUGCUGAAGAAGAUGGCGAGAAUGAUGCGGCCGAGCUGGACUUUUUCCAGUCCUCUAAGCGCUCUGCUGCAGCUAAGGCGGAAUCUUCUGCCCCCGCCAAGGGCGACGAGGAACAUACCUCAGACCAAGAUGAUGAAUCCGAUGAAGAGGAUGAAAUGGAUGAAGUCGAGCGUCGCACAAUCCUAAACUCGCAUAAGAUCAAGGUGACCGAUCUGCGGGACCUGGACGAGAUCCAGCCCCAGCCUGCGGCUACCACAGAUUCCAAGAAGAAAAAGAAGAAGCAAAAGAAAGAGGAAACGCCCGUUCUCAGCAAAAAGGAGCAGAAGCGCGCGCGGCGCGUGUAUCCCCAGCCUCUGACUUCGUUCAAGGAGCUGCGCACGAGGUACAAGAUCUCGAGCCGGUUGGCGGAGAAUGUUGCGGAACAGGGGUUUACGGUGCCUACGGAAGUGCAAUUGGGAACGUUGCCUCUGCUUCUGGGUGAUUCGUCUGUUUCAAAGUCUAAUGAAGAGCCUGAUUUGCUCGUCGUGGCACCAACUGGCAGUGGAAAGACCCUGUCGUUCUUGGUCCCGGUGAUCAACAAGAUUGUUCGACACCAUCACUCUUCGCAGUCUGAUGAGCAUGGCAUCUUGUCCAUCAUUGUUGCUCCGACUAAGGAGUUGGCAAGUCAGAUUGUGAACGAGGGGCGGAAAUUGGUGGCUGGUACGGGUGUUAAGAUUACUUUGAUGAAAAAGGGCAUGCGUGUGGUGGAACGCGAUGACGAGAAUGAAGCCAAUGUCCUUGAUGAGGAUAGCGAGGCAUCUGGGUCCGACGACGAGGAGGAUGAUGACGACAAGCCGAAGAAGGCGUCUAGCAAUGUUCCAGUCACCAAGAGCGAUAUCUUGGUCACUACACCACUUCAGCUUGUGAACGCCCUCUCGGAGCAUCAGACCAAGCCCAUGGCUAAAUUACCCCUGGUGCGCAGUCUGGUCCUCGACGAAGCAGAUGUGCUACUCGACCCGCUCUUCCGUGAGCAGACCCUCGACAUCUGGCGCUCCUGCAUCCACCCAGACCUACGCGUGAGCCUUUGGUCGGCAACCAUGGGCUCUAACAUUGACGACCUCACCCGGUCAACGAUCAAAGAGCGGCAAGCCGACAUUGGACAGACAAGCACCACACAACACCCGCUUGUCCGUCUCGUCGUCGGUCUGAAGGACUCUGCCAUCCCUAACAUUGAACACAAACUCGUCUACGCCGCUACUGAACAAGGCAAGCUCCUUGGUCUACGCCAACUCCUCCGCCCAGCCGCCGCUACUGCUUCAGACGUCCGUCUCCGCCCCCCAUUCCUUAUCUUCACUCAAACUAUUCCUCGUGCCAUCGCCCUGCACUCCGAGCUUAAAUACGACAUCCCCGCCGAAGCAGGCGGCUCGUCUCGCAUCGCCGUGCUCCACUCUGAUCUAUCAGACACGCAGCGGUCUGAAAUCAUGCGUGAUUUCCGCAAGGGCGAGAUCUGGAUCCUCGUGACAACUGACCUACUCGCCCGUGGCGUGGACUUCCGCGGUAUAAAUGGCGUCGUAAAUUACGACAUCCCCAACUCCGCCGCCGUCUACGUGCAUCGUGUGGGCCGAACGGGCCGUGCUGGCCGCGAGGGCGGUAUCGCCGUGACAUACUACACCAAGGAGGAUAUUCCCUACGUCAAGAGCAUUGCCAACAUCAUCGACGUCAGUGAGAAGCUGCGCGGUACCGAGGGCGAGAAAUCUAUUCAGAAGUGGCUGCUGGACUCGCUACCUGACCUGAGCAAGAAGAAUAAGAAGGAGCUUAAGAAGCACGGUGUCAAGGCGCGACAGGUUUCUAAGCAGGUGGGCGAGGGUAAAGAGGGUGAUGGGAAGGGCUUGCGGAGGAUGAGGAUUAGUACGAAGAGUGGCUUUGAGAGACGCAUGGAGAAUCGGAGGAAGGGGGCUAUUGAGGCGAGUCGCAGUCGGAAGGCGAAUGAAGAGGAACGCGGUGGUGAUGUGAGUGAUGCUGGGAGUUGGAAUGGGUUGCAGGAUUAG